CAGGGUUUUCUGGAGCCUGGAGUUGAACGCCUUUCUUUGGCAGGAAGCGAUGAACAGCUAUUACAUGAAAGUUUUUCAAAGAUGAGCUUCCAUGAUGAGUCCACCAUUACUGUGAGCGAAGAUGCCAAUGAUCUUCAUAACACAGUAAUUGAAUUUGAACACCAAGAUGAUACAUCCUGGGAAAUAGACAGUGAGGAAAGCAAUUCUGAUGAGGACUAUGUUCCCUCUAUCUGUCUUAGAACGGGUGAAGGAACUAAUGAGUUCAGAAAAAUCAAGGAGCUUAAAGUGAUUGAUCUCGAAGAGACCGUUCAUCUUACACAAGAAGAUGAAGGGAUAACCCUACAUGAAGAUCAUGUCCUUAAAUCUAAUGCUAGCAACAAAGUCAUGUGUGAGGAAGACAUAAUUGGAAAACGGGCAUCUAUUGUGUAUGAAGCACAGUUGAAAGAGUUGGUCAAGCUUCUACAGCUACCAGAGGUUAAUUGUAAAGCCUGCCAGGCUUCACCACCUUUUGAACUCCACCUGACUUCAAGGGGAACAGCAAGUAUCAUCCAAUGGAUAUGUUCAAAUGGCCACAACGUAAGGACUUGGAAUUCACAGCCCAUAUUCAAAUUUGGAAUGCAGGCAGGGGACUUCAUGAUGGCCACCAACGUUCUGCUGUCGGGAAAUAACUACUACAAAGUGGCACACCUGUUUAAUUACAUGAACAUGGGCUUUGUAGGAAAGAACACUUUUUUAAAAAUCCAGGAUACUUACUGCUUAGGAGCAAUAAAGGACAUGUGGGAGGACAACAGAUGUGCUGCAAUUCAACGUAUGAAGAGUAAGGAUGGUGUAGUUGUAUUAGCUGAUGGACGAAUGGACAGCCCCGGAUACUGUGCCCAGUAUUGCUCGUACACAGCAAUGGAGAAUGAUUCUAAGGAAAUCAUCUCAGUGGUCACUAUCGAUAAAAGGCAGACCAAUCGUAAUUCUGUAAUAAUGGAGAAAGAGGCUUUUGUAACCACAAUGGACAAGCUUCUUAGUGAAGUGCGGAUCUCAGAAAUAUGUACAGAUGCACACACACAAAUCGCAUCUAUUAUGAAUCCAAUAACUGGGCGAUAUAAGGACACUGGAGUUCUGCACUCAUGGGACAUAUGGCAUGGAGCAAAGAAUCUAGCCAAGAUGAUUACUGCAGAGGCACAGCAAUCUGGACAAAGGAUCCUGCUGCACUGGGUCAAGGACAUUGUAAAUCACUUCUGGUUCUGUUGUAAAAAGGCAGACACGGUACAGCAGUUCAUUAAACUAUGGAGCAGUGUGCUUCACCACGUUACAAAUGAGCACGAAUGGUACCUUGGUCACUGCCUGCACGGUAGCCUGCCUGAAAUCCAAGACAAGCAAUGGCUGGAGAGUGGUUCCAAAGCUCACAAGGCACUGGAAGCAAUAGUUCUAAAAAAGAGGUGGCUCACAAAUGUCCACCGAUAUCUAACUUUCAGAUCAACUUGUGAGCUGGAAUCAUUCCACAACCACUUGUUGAUGUACGUCAGCAAGCGGUUCAGCUUCUCACCACUGGUCUACGAGGCAAGAACUCUACUUGCAGCCCUUGAUUAUAACCACCAUAAGGAUCGUCCACCAAUGCUCAACAAAAAUGGCCAAAAGAUCUUUCGCAAACAGUUCCAGAAGAAAACUGGUAGAUGGACUGUAUAUGCUUUGAAGGUGCCAAAAGACUACAGUUACAUUCCUGAUUUGCAAGCGGAAAUUGUGCGCACAAGACUACAGGCUGAUGUGGGUAUGCCAAGGCGUAGGGUUCUGAGGCCUGAGGACCCCAGGAGACUAGGCCUCCUUCCAAGUGUCCCACCUCCAUCGGUUGACAGCAUUCUGGAGGCACAUGUCAGUAGAGGCAUAGAGGGGACUCUAGCCUUCAAAAGGAAGGAGAGUCGCGACCACAGACAGCACGAACACCGUCUCAGCAUGCUCUCGGCUCAGGCAUACGGAGAGCUACCACCCGCCGCGACGCACCAGCCAGAGCCCGAGAUUAAGAGGACAGAGCUGACCCUCGCCCCGGAGGAGGAGCUCCAACAGGAGUCUGACCAGGGGUGUGAGCCCACGACAUCUGAGGACGAGGGCACGCAAUCCACGGAUUAUGAGGACUGGCUGAAGGACUCUUCUGAGGAGACACCGGUUCCCACCCUAUCCCACCCGUCAUCUGCACCAUCAUCCUCAGACCCUUCCAGUGACUGUGUCUACCCUGUCGUCAACCUGUCAGAUUCCACUGCUCCACUACACUCAGCCAGUUCUCCAGCCCCGACGCUGCUAGAUGUUCGCUGCCCUACAUCGUCUCUGGGGAGGCCCCCUGACUUUGAGAUGCAGGUCAGCCCACCAUCCGCAGCACCCAGGCAUGAGGAUCUCGUGGCUCCGCCUCCAGCCUCAGUCCUCUGCACUCCUUCUCGGCCUGUCGACCUGCCGGCUCUGUCUUGGCUCCUCCCACCUACGCCUCCACCAGAGACCCUCGAACCAUCGGCUGCAGCGGGUUCCCUCGUCCUGCCGGCUCGCCCUUGGUCAGUCGUCACUCUGCCUUCGCCACGGACUUACGGUCCGUCCGCUACGCUCCGUCCCUCCACCCCUUCUGCUACAGCGGGCUCCUCCUUCCCCUCGGCGUCACCUCUGUCCUCCGUCACUCCACCUCCGCCUCUGCUCUCGGGUACUCUGGCUCCACCUCCUGUACUCGUCGCCGCGAUGUCGCCUGGGUCUCCAAGACCAGCGUCAUCGUUGGAGUCCACCGGCUCUCCGGCUGCGCCGAUGGAUCCUGCCACCAUGUCUCCGUCGGUCAUCCCCCAGCUACCAUCAGCCUCUUCUCCACCUGGUCUCUUCCAUCCGUCUACUCUGCCGUGGGCUGUCGGUACUGGACGGCUCUGGGUCUGCGCCACCAGGCCAUCUACAUCUGUGCCGUCAGGGAAUCGUCGUCGGCACCUCACCAUCCUGCCUCUCUUCUGCACUUCGUCUUCGUCUCGUCCACCACCUGAACCUCCUCCGAUUCCCCCCCUCCUCUUGUUUCCCGCCACCAAUCUGUAA